UUCGCAUUAUCAGCUCAGUUGUUAUUCCGCAAUGUACAUGAGAAUGUGGUUCGUGGGUGUAUUCUUGCUUUUUCAUGUGGUGUCUAUUCAAGCCAUUGUAGCGUUAUUUAAUAUACAAGCACAACCUGGUUUCGGGCAUUCUUAUUUAGGAAACUCACGCUUGUGUCACCAAUGGAACUGUAUAAACACAAAAUUAAAUCUGACAGAUGCAUUACCGCCAAAGGAUAAAUACUGGAAUAUUUUGUCCAAUUUUUUGGCGCCAGAAUGGCAGGAGAUUGGGCAGAAUGCUGUGAACGCGUGCUAUGGGGAGAGAACUAAAAAAUAUACAAACACUUGUCCCGGACAAGCUUUAAUGCAUUGCGUUGUUGAUCAAAUGAUUGAUAACUGUCCGGCUGGGCGGUGGAACCAGGAAGAUGGAUGUGCGUCUGUAUCAUCUUUGGCUGCUUACAACUACAUGUUCUCACAAAGUCGCUACAACAAUCUCGAAAAUAAUCUGCCAAAUGAGCGACGACCUUCUUGGUUUUUACAAAAGUAUUUUAACACAAAAUGCUGCGAUUUACCACCGUUGUUUGGAGAAGAUAUGGUAAAAGAGUGUGGAUUUAAGAAAUUCAUGGAAUACCACAUCCAUACUGCACAAACGGAUAGGCCUUUUAGAUAUUCCUUGCUAAAUCUGGCUCCAACAACUACCGAAUCUGUAACUGAAGAUUCCUCAGAGGAAAUGGAUCCCCUCGAAUGUUGCAAUCUAAGUGGAUUUAUCGAAGACUCUUGGCGCAGUGAGUGUCACUUCGAAAUGUCGUGGGAUGUGCACAAACGUCUUGGGUUCAUUGAUGUCAGUUCACACGAACCUUCCACCACUACGACAGAAAGGGUCCCUAAAGUUAAUGAUGUUAAAGUUGUACCGCUUUCGUGCGAAAAAGAAACCUGUAUUUUCAAAAAGUUAAACGUUAUUAAUGAAUCCGGUAUAUUAGAUACUGUAGCAUUUACAAAACUCUUAGAUAAUAUGACAAAUACAUAUCCAGAAUGGACUAAACCAAAAGCAAGGGUAAUGACACAGUGUUUGAAUAAACUGCAUCGGAUGUAUGACGCUGAAUGCAGUUUGAAUGAAGUUCUUCAGUGUGUUUUUGAUGUGCUUUCUGAGAACUGUCCUCAAGCUCGGAAAGAUGAUCCUUGCAAACAAAAAAACUCCGACACUAAGGAUAUCUGCCAGAUAAGCGGAGGGAAAUAUACACCGAAGUACCGCCGUCAAUUCUGUGGUAUCCCCAACUUGGUGCCACCACACAUUCUUACCGAGUGCGGUGUGACGUCACUGUCCACUUUACAAUAUGUCCCGCAAUAUGACAAAAUUAAACCUUAUCGCUGGGAAAAUAAGGUUCAUUGUAAAGAACUAACUCCACCUACAAGCUGUCUCCUGAACAAAAUGGGAGUUCUCAGUAAAUACGGUUUCGUAGACUAUUUCAGUAUGAAGAAUCUAAUACAUUCCUAUAGUACAUCCCCACUCUAUGAGUUGUAUUUUAGCGUAUUUCUCACAACUCCAAUGUAUAAAGAAUACUGUAGUUCUCCGAAGAAGUUGUUGAAUUUAAUCGAUUUUAUGCUUAUGACCUGCCCAGCAACAAAGCGCAAAGAAAACAUACCAAAAUGCAGGAAAAUGUUCCACGAAUUGAACACGUCAGUGCCCCAAGAAAUGACAAGGGAUCAACUUACACAGAUAUUUAGAAGCAUCCAUAAUUCCAUAUCAACAAAACCUAGUCCUACAGUACAGAAAAAUAAGGCGUAUUUUAAAACUAAUAAACUAUUCGAUUUCGGUAUUUUCGGUGCAAAAGAUGCGCCUCCAGUAAAUAUUAUUGAUGUUAAGCCAAAACCAAAAACUUUGGUCGUCUUACCUGUGUAUCAACGUAUGCCCAACAAAACUACGGGAUUUCCGAUAAAUUCUUUGCAAAAAGAUGGAAUUUAUAGGUCUUAAUUUAGUAUGAAAUAAAUAUUUUAAGUGAA